UCUUUCUAUUUUUUACUUAUUUCCAUGGGAUUGAAAAAUGUGCCUUUCAACCUGCAGAAGUCAGUCCCAGGAUAAUUUCUUUCCAGAUAACCAGAGUCCAUUCUGAGACGGUCUACUUCUAUGAAUAAUAAUGUUCAAGAACAUGCAGCCAAUGACUGAGAGGAUUCUGAAUCUCACCCUGGAGAUCAUAUACCUCCUCACUGGAGAGAAGCCUGCAGUCACACAUAGCAGCAGUCAACAUGUGACAGAAGGAUCCUGUAGGACCCAGAUCUCCAUCACGGUGUCUCCACCUCACUCACUGAUACAUGAAAGAAACAAUGACCAGAAGAUCCUGGAACUGACCAAUCAGAUCAUCCAGCUGCUGACUGGAGAGGUUCCUAUUAGGUGUGAGGAUGUCACUGUCCAUCUCUCCAUGGAGGAGUGGGAGUAUUUAGAAGGACACAAGGAUCUCUACAGAGACGUGAUGAUGGAAAAUCACCAGCUCCUCAGCUCACUGGAUGGAUCCAGUGACAGAAAAGCUCUUAAACAAUACAAUCUGUCUGUAUCAGGACAAGAUUUUUUAAAGGAAAAUAAAAGUGACAAAAAAGUUAAUCCAGCAACAAACUUUAUAAGAUUUAAUGAACUGAGAAAACGAUUGAGAAGAACUGGAAGAGACAAGGAAUCUGCCUCACGUGAAAAGGAAGAUCACAGGAAUUCUGGCAUUUCUAUACCCUCCGAGAGCUCACAAACACAACAUUCGUCAACCGGUUUUAAAGACAAAAUGGCUUUAAGUGAAAAUGAAAGUUUCUCAGACACCAACAUUCAUACACCCACUGAAUGUACAGAGAGAGAGAGUACACUGAAUCUUAGUAAUGAGGCAUGCACACCAUGUGAAGAAGUACAACUUACUGACACUGAAAGUAAAACACUCCCAGAAUGUACACAGGCAGAAUAUCCACCCACUCACAUUAAGGAGGAAUCAGUCUCAUGUGACAAUGGAAAUUCCACAGACAUAGACAAUCAUACACCCACAGCACAUACACAGACAGAAUAUACAUAUGCCAACAUCAAGAAAAAAGAUGGAGAAUUCACAGACAAUGACUCCAAUGGGCUUAUAGAUUAUAAUAUUAUUCAUAUUAAGGAGGAAUCAGCCUCCUGUCAAGAAGGGAAUCUUACAGACAUUGACAUUUACUCAGCCAUAGAAUUUACACAGACAGAUCUUAUAUCCACUCAUGUCAGAAACCACAAUGAGGUGAGCAGUAAUACACUGGAGAAGUAUAAUAAUGUGUCAGUAGCUGGAAGCAGCAAUUGUGAUAGUAUCUAUAACGAAGCUCCUUCCUUCUCCCACCAAAACCCAUACAACAGUGAAAGGGCAAAUAUAAGUAAAUCAGAACUUGUUAAGCAUCAAACCAUUCAUAAAAGAAAGAGACUGACAUGUUCUAUCUGUCAGAAGAACUUCUCUGGCAGAUACCAUCUAAUUGUACAUCAGAGGGUCCAUACUGGAGAAAAACAGUUUUCUUGCGGAGAAUGUCAGAAAUGCUUUUCUGUUAAAUCAAGUCUGAUUUCACAUCAAAGAACCCACAGAGGAGAGAAACCAUAUUCUUGUUCUGAAUGUGGACAGCUUUUCACUGCUAAAUCAAGUCUUGUUACCCAUCAGAGGAGUCACACAGGAGAAAAGCCAUUCCCCUGCUCUCUGUGUGGGAAACGUUUUACCCGAAGCUCUCAUCUUGCAAGACAUAAGACUACUCACACAAGAGAAAAAAACUUCUUAUGUUCUGAAUGUGGGAACUGUUUUACUGCUAAAUCAUGUCUUAUGAGACAUCUGAGAAUUCACACCGGUGAGAAACCGUAUUCCUGUCCUGAGUGUGGGAAAUCUUUUACUCAAAAUUCACAUCUUGUUUCACAUCGGAGGACUCACAGAGGAGAAAACCCAUUCUUAUGUCCCAUACGUGGACGUUUUUUUAGAGGUAACUCAAAUCAUUAUGGUUACCCGCAGAUUCAUCUAGAAAACAAACCAUUUUCUUUUUGCUAAUCUCUGAAAAUAACUUUAUGUACACAACCAGCCCACAAAGUUACAUUAUGAGUGCAUGUGGCUUUCAGGAAAUGUAAAGCCUCAUCUCCAUCUGCUCACAACCAUGUGCAUAGAAUAGCUGAACACAAUUUGUCAUGACAGCACCACCAAUAUUCUCAAAAUCUUACAAGUUCUGGUUGAAAAUCUUACAAGUUCCUAUCUCCUGGCAUUUUUCUAUUUCCUUGCACUUUUAUCUAUUUAUCUAUUCUUCAACCACUUGCCUACUUGUCAAACUGGAGACCCCUCCCUCUUUUUCACUUCUCCGUUUCAGUCUCUGACCUCUUUGUUCUUAUUUUCCUUGGCAUUUUUAUCCAUUGUCACCUCUUACUCACCUUUAUCCAGCAUCACUCCUUUUGUGAAUAAGCUUUCUUUAAGCUAUUUACAAUUAUUGUGUUUUCACCCAUUCCCGGAUAACUAUACCAAACAUUUGAUUUAAAAAAAAAAACAAC